AUGAGAAAAUUGUUGAAGCAAUUCUUCCGAAAUGACAGAAUUAUUGAAUUUGUUUGUCUAACUACUGAACAGCAAAUUCAGUCAAAAUCAGAAUUUCUAAAAAUGGCCGAUUAUCUCGUUUCCUCCUUAGCCGGUGCAAAUACAAAUAAUUAUGCAAGUGUUGAUGAAAUUGUUGAACACGCAACACGAAACAACGUCGAUGCAGUCUGGGCCGAUUGGGGACAUGCUAGCGAAGAUCCUCGUUUACCCGAAGAAUUGAGCACAAAAAAUAUUGUUUUUAUUGGCCCUCAAAGUAAAGCAAAUUUUGCUUUGGGAGAUAAAAUUGCUAGCACGAUCAUUGCUCAGGUUUGUUGA